UUGUUGGGUGAAGAAGCCCUUCUCGAGCGUCCUGAGACCAGACCAGAGAGUGCUGCGCAGGCCAGUGUGGGGCCAAGGACGACGCCCCCUCCUGCUCCUGCGGCGGAGGCCCCCAGAGGAGGAGGAGGAGGAGGAGGAGGAGGAGGAAGAAGAAGAGGAGGAGGAAUAGGAAUAUGGCUUCGAAGGCAACCCCCUCCUGCCGUCUGGUCUUCAGCCUCUUGAUCACAGCUGCUGUCCUCAGGCCAGGCCUUGGAUUGUAUACUGUAAAUUCAGCAUAUGGAGAUACCAUUAUCUUGCCUUGCCGACUGGAUGUACCUCAGAAUCUCAUGUUUGGCAAGUGGAAAUAUGAGAAGCCCGAUGGCUCCCCUGUAUUUAUUGCCUUCAGAUCCUCUACAAAGAAAAGUGUACAUUAUGACAAUGUGCCAGAAUACAAAGACAGAUUGAGCCUCUCAGAAAACUACACUUUAUCUAUCAGUAAUGCAAGAAUCGGUGAUGAAAAGAGAUUUGUGUGCAUGCUAGUAACUGAGGACAACGUGUUUGAGGCGCCUACAGUCGUAAAGGUGUUCAAGCAGCCAUCCAAACCUGAAAUUGUAAGCAAAGCGUCAUUUCUUGAAACAGAGCAGCUGAAAAAGUUGGGAGACUGUGUUUCUGAAGACAGUUAUCCAGAUGGCAAUAUCACAUGGUACAGAAAUGGAAAAGUUCUGCAACCUCUUGAAAGAGCAGUGGUUAUAAUAUUUACAAAACAAAUGGACCCAGUGACUCAGCUAUAUACCAUGACUUCAUCCCUGGAAUAUAAAGCAACUAAGGCUGACAUCCAAAUGCCAUUCACCUGCUCUGUGACAUAUUAUGGGCCAUCUGGCCAGAACACACUUUAUUCUGAACAAGCAGUUUUUGAUAUUUACUAUCCAACAGAACAAGUGACAAUGCAAGUAUUGCCACCAAAAAAUGCCAUCAAAGAAGGGGACAACAUCACUCUUAAAUGUUUGGGAAAUGGUAACCCUCCUCCUGAGGAGUUUUUAUUUUACUUGCCAGGACAGCCUGAAGGAAUAAGAAGCUCAAAUACUUACUCAUUGGCAGAUGUGAGGCGCAAUGCCACAGGAGACUACAAAUGCUCUCUGAUAGACAAAAAAAGCAUGAUUGCUUCAACAGUCAUCACAGUUCACUAUUUGGAUUUGUCUUUAAACCCAAAAGGGGAAGUGACUAAACAGAUUGGUGAUACUCUGCCCGUGUCAUGCACAAUAUCUGCUAGUAGGAAUGCAACUGUGGUCUGGAUGAAAGAUAACAUCAAGCUUAGAUCAAGUCCUACAUUCUCCAGUCUUCAUUAUCAGGAUGCUGGAAACUAUGUCUGUGAAACAGCUCUUCAGGAGGUUGAAGGACUAAAGAAAAGAGAGUCUUUGACUCUCAUUGUAGAAGGAAAGCCUCAAAUCAAAAUGACAAAGAAAACUGAUCCCAGUGGACUGUCUAAAACAAUAAUCUGCCAUGUGGAAGGUUUUCCAAAGCCAGCCAUACAGUGGACAAUUACUGGCAGUGGAAGCGUCAUAAACCAAACUGAGGAAUCACCUUAUAUUAAUGGCAGGUAUUAUAGUAAAAUUAUCAUUUCCCCUGAAGAAAAUGUUACAUUAACUUGCACAGCAGAAAACCAGCUGGAGAGAACAGUAAACUCCUUGAAUGUCUCUGCUAUAAGUAUUCCAGAACACGAUGAGGCAGACGAGAUAAGUGAUGAAAAUAGAGAAAAGGUGAAUGACCAGGCAAAAUUAAUUGUGGGCAUCGUUGUUGGCCUCCUCCUUGCUGCUCUUGUUGCUGGUGUUGUCUACUGGCUCUACAUGAAGAAAUCAAAAUCUGCAUCAAAACAUGUAAACAAGGACCUUGGUAACAUGGAGGAAAACAAAAAGUUAGAAGAAAACAAUCACAAGGCAGAAGCUUAAGAAAAAUUGUUCUAGUUGUUGUCAAGAGAAAAAAUAACUAUAUAGACCAAUUGAAGCAUGAACGUGGAUUGUAUUUAAGACAUAUACAAAGACAUUGACAGCAAUUCAUGGUUCAAGUUUUAAGCAGUUCAUUCUACCAAGCUGUCACAGGAUUUUAGAGAAUUGUCUCAAGUAAACAAUGAAAUGAAAUUACAAACAAAAAAACAGAUUUU